UACACACGGCCACAUAGUGUAUUUUCUUGUGAGGCGGUCUCGCUGUGAUAUCGCGCUUUAUAGCGGGACUUCUAGCGCAUCGGGUUCACGGAAACAUAUGUUUCUCCUUUCAACGAUCGGCGAGUUAACGGGCAGCCAGUCACAUUAAACAUCUUUAUUUAAACUUUGUGUACGACGCCAUGACGGUAUUUUUGUAGAAGGUGAGGGCGCUGAUGGUUCAGGAUCCUCCCUCAUCCUGCCUCGUUUCACCGGCAUCUACAACAUUUAGUUUACGUUAAGUUAUGCUGAAAAUGUUGCCCAGCUGAGCUGAUGUAUCACAUGGAAAUACAACGGAGAGGUCCAGUUUUCGUCUCAAGUGAACUCCGCUAAUGUGUUCGUUGCGGAAAGUCGGGUUUGUAAGCUAACCGGCACCUGGUCGCUUUUGCUUUCAAUGCCGGCUGAAAUGGAGGUGCAUGUGACGUCGUCAUCUGGGCUCGAGUUAUAAACUGGCCUCAGAGCUGUCUACCUGAGCUUUCAGCCAGCUGACCGUAUUAAGUAGAGUGUCGAGUUGUUGAAGAUGCACCAGCAAGGCUCGCUGAUGCCUCCCUUGCUCGGUGAUGUUUUCUGCCAGUGCCGAUCGGCUGAGACUCACCCUGGGGUCGACCCGGGCCGCGGAGGCGGGCACGUUGAGGACCCCUCAUUAGUUUCCCCAUCUAAACCAGUCACCCGGCAGCCCAUGGCCAGUGACUGGCAUGCUGACCCCGGCAAGUCAGCGCUUCCAUGUGACAUAUGUGGGGGACCCGAGCAGGAGCACAGACUGAAAGUACUGUUCCAAGUAUUGGAUGUCAACGGUGACGGAGGCAUUUGUGUCAACGACCUGACGGUUGGGCUGAAGAAAUUAGGGGUAUAUCGCACCGAACACGAGCUCAUGAAAAUAGUGAAAGCAGGGGACAAAGACUUGGACGGACAGUUAGACUUUGAAGAGUUUGUUCAUUAUCUUAGAGACCAUGAGAAGAAACUACGGCUGGUCUUCAAGAGUUUGGACAAGAAGAACGAUGGCCGGAUCGACUCACAAGAAAUAAUGCAGUCACUGCGUGACCUGGGAGUGAACAUCUCUGAGGAACAGGCUGAGAAGAUACUCAAAAGAAUAAGGAGGGGUCAUAUCUGGGCCCCUAUCUUGUAUAUGGACAAAAAUGGUACAAUGACGAUUGACUGGAAUGAGUGGCGGGAUUACCACCUCCUGCACCCAGCAGACAACAUUCCAGAGAUCAUCCUAUACUGGAAACACUCCACGAUCUUUGAUGUUGGUGAGAGUUUGAUGGUGCCUGAUGAGUUCACAGCAGAGGAGAAACAAACAGGAAUGUGGUGGCGACACCUAGUGGCUGGAGGAGGAGCUGGGGCAGUGUCUCGAACAUGCACAGCACCACUGGACAGGCUCAAAGUACUCAUGCAGGUUCACGCCUCCAAGAGAAAACGCAUGCAUAUUACUGGGGGCUUUGCCCAAAUGAUCCGUGAGGGCGGUGUGAGGUCACUGUGGCGAGGCAAUGGCAUCAAUGUCAUCAAAAUUGCCCCAGAAUCUGCUAUUAAGUUCAUGGCCUAUGAGCAGAUUAAACGAUUAAUUGGAAGCAACCAGGAGACACUGGGCAUCACAGAGAGACUGGUGGCUGGCUCUCUGGCUGGAGCGAUUGCUCAGAGCAGCAUCUACCCCAUGGAGGUCCUGAAGACACGGUUAGCCCUGAGAAAGACGGGUCAGUACUCAGGCAUCUUGGAUUGUGCCAAACAUAUCUUCCAGAGGGAGGGUGCGGCUGCUUUUUACAAGGGCUACAUCCCCAACAUGCUGGGUAUCAUCCCCUAUGCUGGUAUCGACCUGGCUGUCUAUGAGACUCUGAAGAAUUCAUGGCUGCAGCGCUUUGCCACAGACAGUGCUGAUCCAGGAGUGUUUGUGCUCCUGGCCUGUGGCACCACUUCCAGCACAUGUGGUCAGCUGGCCAGUUACCCACUUGCCUUGGUCAGAACUCGAAUGCAGGCACAAGCUACUCUGGAGGGAGGACCUCAGAUGAACAUGACGGGCCUUUUCAGACACAUCAUUAGGACUGAAGGGGCCAUGGGACUCUACCGAGGCUUGGCACCCAAUUUCAUGAAGGUCAUUCCAUCUGUCAGCAUCAGCUAUGUGGUAUAUGAGUACCUUAAGAUCACCCUGGGGGUACAGUCAAAGUGAGGAGCGGGGCAGACAGAAGAAAUGCCAAUGGUUUUUUGCUUUUCUGUUGUGCUUAAUGUUGACUGCUUUGGUAUCUUAAGAAACAAACAGCUGAAAUUCUACACAGUUAAAUCAAAUGAUCAAAUUUCAGGGUUGUGCUGAAGAUUCUCUGGAAGGAGGAAAGCUUAACUGAAGCAAUUUAUGGUGUUGUUUGCUGUUAUUUUAAUGGUUCCUUUCGGCAAUUAAGAAGUGCUUCAGCACCAAUUCAACUUUAUUUGGAAGGACAAAAGUUUAUACUGAAUUCACUGAAGGUGUUAACUGGUGUACCAGUAAAAUAUAUGACAGUGCGGUGGCAGGAGCAGUUCUGCUGACCUUGGUAAAAGACAAAUCUUUGUCUUGAGGGGCUUUGCAAAGGUAUACCAUAAAGCUUCCCCCAUGUCCCCCUACUGGAAGACUGCGACACCACUAAUCAUCAAAAGUACACUAGCUGUGCACAGAGCUGAGGUGGACAUAACCUCUGGCAGUAUUCAAAUUCCUAGAGUGCACAUAAUAUGUUCCUUUAUGUUUAGAUGCAGAUGUGUUCCACAACAUUGUUCUGAGUAACAAGGUGAUCCAUGGCAAAAGAAGACCUUAGUAAGGAAGUUAGUAAGGAAUUAAGAAGUUAGUAAAAUAUUUUUUAAAAAAUAAGGCUCUAACAGAGUUUUUUCAUGUCUACACCUUACUGUGGACGGAGAAAUACUUUUUAGUGCCAUCAUUUAUCCUCACUUCCAUUAACUUGCAUGAAGACAGAAUUUUAAAAACAUUUUCAAUGCAUAGGCUUCCUGCAAACUAGUAGCUGAUAGGCCAUGCAUAUAGAAAAAAGUCACAAAUGGUCACCAAAAAAGCCUUGAUUCUUCAGCAUGAGGAAUUUUUUUAAUUUUAAUUUAAAUUUUUUUAAUUUUCCGAUAUUUGCACUUUUUAUUUAAAAAAUUCUUUGGCAGACAUUUUCCUUUCAGCAGAUGAACCUUUCCAUUUAAGACAAACCCAACACUCCCCUCAGACCUAAAUGUGAACUUUUCAUAAGAAUUUUGUCAUGAAAUUAUCUAAAUAAAAAAAUAAAAUUCUUACCAAAGCGUAUUGCUACCACACCAGAGAAAUAAAAACAGGAUCACUAUAACAUGAAAUGUUUCUUAUUAUGUGAAAAAAAAUGAUCACAUUGUAUUUUUCAUGUUCAAUUCCUUUAUAUUUUUCUGGUGUGGCAGCAAUACGUUUCUGUACAUUAUUGCUUCCAAAAAGAUGAAUCUUGUAGCUUGAAUCCCCCCUUCCCUCCAACACUACACUUAUAUUAACCUAAGCUCUGGUAAGGAUUAGCACUUCCGUCAUUAUGUUGAUUGUUCCGUUUGUGCUAUGGGAUGUCAUAAGCAUUGCAGCUAGUGAGGAUGUAUUGAAAGGCAGGUGACAAAGUUAUUGAUUUAGGUUUGGUUGUUCUAUUCCAGAGAUUCAAUACAGUCUGAGCUGUCAAGUCAUCAGACAGUGCACAAUGUUUGACAUAAAAAUAUGUUUGGUGGUCCCUGAUGUAAAGAUGUAGAGUAGUGACAGCAUUCCUUUUGGCACAAUUACUCAGUUAUGGUUGUUGAAUUUCUCAUCCUUGCCAUUUAAACCAAUGCUGUGACACAAUUUCCUUUUGUUUCCCAAAAUUCUCAAGUCAGUUGCUUUAAAGUCUUAAGUUGCAUUCAGUCAGUGGCUCAUUAAGCCAUCAAGAAAAAAAGUAUUGCAUUUGCUUCAGGAGAGACUUUUUGACAAAGAUUUACAGCGUAAAUUUCUUCAAAUGCUGUUGAAAGCUUCUUUCAACAGUAUAUAAAUAUAAUUCAACAGCAUCAACAUAUAAAUCAACACUCCUUUAGGUCACAUCGCAGGACAUCCCAGCAGAGGAAGCAGUCUGAGUCUGACUGAUGCCUGUGUCAAAUGGCCACUGAUUCCCUCUAGUGCCUUUAGUGCCAAGCCUCUCUUACAUAAAUGCACCUAAACAUUACAAGAGGUGGAGUCUGUGGGACACUGAAUGCACUUUAAGGUACUCUACUUUAAUUCCUGUUUUUGUUUUAAUUAUUACUGUAUUUAUUUAUUUAUUUAUUAUUUUUAAAAAGAUUAAUGAAUGAAUUUGUGAUGUAUUUGUUGUGCUGACUAAUUUCAUUUUUAUGAGGCUUAUUUUUUAGAGUAAUGUGGUCUUGGUAAAAUAACAAACAAACAAACAAACAAAAAAACAGGUUUAUUUUUGAGAGAAGUGACUUUUUUAUUUCAUAAUGGUUAUUCUCCCAAUAACACUUUGAGUUGAUGUCAAGUUUUAUUUCAUAAUGUCGCUUUUCAUGACAGUGGUGUCCUCUCACCUUUCUACCACCUGUCACAUACACUCUGCCUCUCUGUAUAAUUUAGCCAUUUGGCACCUCUUAGCACAAGCAACAGCAUCAAAGUCAAUCUGGCUGCUGCUAUAGAUAAAAGAUACAUGGACAAAGAAACGAACAUCUCUUUUUAUUUACUUAAUGUAACAAGGUUGCUAGUGCCACCUACCUAGCUGGCUAAGUAGCCAGGUCAGCUUGUGAGCCUAUUAGUCAUCUUGAAAGUGAAGAGCCAGUGUUAGCAGUGUCAGCUAGCUCCUGUCAGCUAGAGUGAGCACAACAGGACUGUCCUUUUGCUACCUCAAUCAAUUCCUGUGCUCUGUGAGCUAAAAUAACUUUUUUUGUCAGUGGAGUCUGGUAGCGAUAUUUAAUGUCUUACUCUAAUAAAAAAAGUUUAUCUUUGUAGGAAUUCUAUCCACAAUGUCAGACACUUUCAUUGACAGCCUGAGGCUGUUGGUAGCAAAAACAAGUAUUUUAAUGGACAUACUAGUUGCCCAUUGGAUUACAUUGCAGAAGCUGUUUGUGAUGGCCAGUACAUUGUUCUUGUUCAAUACUGUACAGAUUCCAAAGAUUUUUGUCUCUGUCAAUCAUUUAUACUGGCAAACAUGGGAAAAUAAGAUCCAAGUAAAAAAAUACUGGAGAUGUCCUUUAACUCUGAAUUAACUAGCUAACAUUAGCUGUUGUCAUUAACACAGUAAUCUGACCAUAGACUGUAGUCUAUGGUGCUGAUUUGACGUGAAGCAUGCUGGGUUUAAAACAAUGCAUGCUGGUUAGAAAUUUUGUUCGACAUUUGCCAGCGGUGCACAAUGUCACACGAUAUUAAAACCUCACUGGAGUAAGGCGCCUGCAGUUUUCCACAGUUGCUUUUCUCUCGCUGUACCUGACUUGGAUCCACCUCUGUGAUGACAGUCCCGACUGAAUGAAGGCCUCACCAAUGCGCAUGACACAUAGUACGAUUUUAUUCUAAGGACCUCAGAUCAGUUAUCUCUUGUGGUUUUCUUCAAAGUUGAUCUAAGUUAUGUGAUCUCCUCCUUCUGGCAGCCCAUGUUUUACAUAUGUGCACCAACACUAUAGUUUUAAUUUCGGCAAGAAAGCUGUUAAUAAGGUUAGUUCAUGAGUUAGUCAUUGUAGAAGAAAUAAACGGCCGUGGCCCUUAUUGUUUACUCUUCUAGUCUGUGAUCUCAGUAAAACAGAAAUGAAUAAAAAUGUCUCCUGUCUGAGAGUGUUGUUCUAGCAUGUAUUCCAUGCCGUCUGAUUAUUCUCCACCCCCGCAGUCUGGUUGAUUCAGAAUUUCUCUGAUGUCCUUGCUCUAGCUAACAGGAGCCAAUUAGCUAAAUCUGGUAGCAGUUGUUGCUCUUGCUAGCUUAAGACGAUAGGGACACAAUUGGCUGAAAGUUUAGGGGUGGUGACAACACCACUUUAAAGAAAAUAGAUAUAGUGAAAUGAAAUAAAAGUAUUAUUGAGGGAAUGUCAUAAUGAAUGAAGAGAAAAUAAGACUUCCCAUAAAACAUUCAUUUAUUUCAGAGCUUUCUGGAUCUCCAUUCCAAGAUUCUUCUGUCAGUACCCUCUGAUUUCACAUCAGCAGUAGUUUGUUAUGAUGAUAAAACAGAAAGGACUUGGGCUGCAAACAAUCUUAAGGCAUAAGCAAAGCUGACUGUCAAGAAUAAAUAGGGUUUUUGGAAGUGAAAGAUGCAAUCUGAACAGGAUUUCUUCUUAAUGGAUCAAAAAUAUGUUGUAAAGUUAAUAAAAGAAACACAUGUUUAUUUCAAAAGACAGUACAAACCAACAAGCUUUGCAAUCUGUGAAUGUCUGGUAGAACUGCAGUCUCACAUGUUGGACUGUCUGCUGUGACCUUCAGGAUGCCAUGCUGUCACACAGUGUCCAUGUAGCAGGUGGAGAAGAGAUGUUGGGCUUCCAUUUGUCCAUUUGAGUACUGAUACUCUUUCACAAGUUUGGAAGCAAAUGUAUCUGUGCAUCCAUCUUUCCUCCUCUUUCUUUUAAUUGACCCCUUACUCUGAUAUCAUAUAUGCAUACAUUUGUGACACAGAAUGAUAUGUGUAAAUGUUUGCCACAUUUUGUACAGUGAAAAGUAACUCUCUUAAAAGUAGCUUUUAUUAUUUGCUGUACUGACCAACCCGCAGCUUUAAAUGUACAGGAACUACCAGAGUAUACAAACUGAAGGCUACAAUGUACAUUGGUAAAUGGUGGCAUGGUUCACAAAAUGUAUUGAGUAUAUAUUUCUAUUUUAUUUUAUUAUGCUAGCUCUAAGUGCAAGAAUGAGUAUGAGUACUUUUACAGUAGCUUUUUGUAGAUGUAUGCAUUGAAAGAAUGUUAUGAUGAAAAGAAUAUUUAUGCUUGUAUGAAAUCAACUGUUAUAAAUAAAUAAACUAGUUCAGCACUGAA